AAUCCUUUCCACUUGGUGAAACGUGGACAUUGAUAAAUUAUCUGAUCAUUUUUUACACUAAAACGUUGCUCUAAUAUGUUGUUCCUCUUGCUACCAUCUUGCUGUCAGCUCUAAGUGUUUUGCACCAUAUAAAUGGGAACAAUCAGUGGCGUCUUCAUGUUAAUCUGGUCUGUCUAAACCCAGUGAGAGGACAGAAUCAGUCAUCUGAAUUGAUCUCAAGUAAUUGGAGGCUGAGGGAAGARAAGUCAAUGGACCAUGCAAAGCAGAACCAACAGCUGCUACCUGUUUCCAGGUAUAAAGAAAGAAAAAGGCUACUGACUUCAUGAGGGAUCACUGUCUGUCAGGCACAAGUUCAGCUUCAGAGCUCUCAGCCUUCCUUACCUGCCAUCAGGAAUGCCAUCUAAUGCGGAUGUCCGUGGGAUGCUCUUUCUGUCGCUCACCRUUGUUGGAGUUCCUGGGAACAUGGCGGUCAUUGUUGCCUUCCUCCUUCUUAUCCUCCAAAAGAGCUGGCUCCUUGCAGCAGACGCCAUCGUCCUGCAUCUGUCCUGCACCAACCUGCUGGUGGUGCUCGUACGCUGUCUGAUGGAGACGCUGGCCUCCUUCCACCUGGCCAAUGUCUUUGGAGACGUUGGCUGCAAAGGUGUGAUCUUCAUCUACAGAAYGUCCAGGGCCCUCUCUAUCUGGCUCACCUGUCUCCUUAGUGCGUAUCAGUGUUUGAGUAUUGCCCCUCCUGGAUCAAAAUGGGCCUCUGUCCGCAUCUUAGUGGCCCAAAAUUUACCAAUUGUGUUCCUCUUCCUCUGGGUCCUCCAUACUGGCACGAGUGCAGGGGCCAUAUUGUUCUCUGUGAGCUCCAAGAAUGACACUGCUGUGGCAUCAAGCGCUGUCARGGUGGAAUUCUGUUAUGUGAAUUUCCCAUCAGAUAUCCUCAAAGAGGUUUAUGGGGCGAUACAAGUGAGUAGAGAUGUGGUGCCUAUGGCCCUCAUGACUCUAACCAGCCUUAUCAUUCUUGUUCUCCUCUACAAACACAGCCAGCACCUCAAGGGGCUCCGUGGAGCCGGCCAUGCUGGUUCAGGGACCUGCGGUUCCAAGCAGCGGGCUGCUAAAGUCGUAGUUGUGCUCGUGACCAUUUAUGUUGUUCUUUAUGGGGUGGAUAACGGUCUUUGGGUGUACACACUCACUGUGAGGCGCACRAUGAGCUCCUCGCUGAUCUCUGACCUGCGUGUGUUCUUCGCCUCGCUGUACGCAGCRCUGAGCCCUCUGGUUAUCAUCGCGUCUAACAGGAAGGUGAACAGCAGGYUGAGGUGUGUAGCACAGGAAAAGCCUUUGCUGGGAAAAACGGCUCACCUUCGUUCUAUAUGAGGGCAAUCGGGGACGGUCGAUUGCACACAUGGCUGGAGGUGAAACCGAAGCUGAGAUGAAACUGAGCUUUUCUGAUAUCUGGGUCAUGUGUAGGUUAUUCUGUUGAAAUCCCACUUUCUGACAAGARUUACUUCAUCUCUGCUAGUACAUGUUAGAGUUGAAU